AUGGCUCUAUCAAGGCUGGUCCUUCUUACCUCUCUCUUCUCUGCCUGUACUUCGGCCGCCCCCCUCACGAAACGCGCCGUCGAUGUGGUACAAGGAAAGCUUGGGAGUGAUGGAUUCUGGAAUGACUACGAUGGUGGUCAGAACAGUUACACACUAUACACUGGAAACGGCUCGGUAGCUGCAGGAUGGCCGUCAAGUCUGUCGUGGAUAUCGUUUAACGACAUGUGGGUCGCCAACCAGAAGACCAUCUCUCGAAGCUGCAACCACCUCUACAAUCAACCCAACAAUUCCGACCAAGAAAUCCAAGACAUUUAUGAUGCCAUCAAAGAGAUCUCACAACAGACACGGGUAGAUCACCGGUUCAUUUUGGCCGCAGUGAUGCAGGAGACGGGCGGAUGCGUCCGUGCAAAGACGACGGUAUCGCCAGAUGGCACCGUGAGGAACCCGGGGAUCCUCCAAUCUUUUAGAGGGAAUCACACGUGCAACGACAAUGGCAAAGUGCAGAACCCAUGUCCGAAGGAGCAGAUUCUAGGCAUGAUCCAGGACGGAGUGGCUGGCACGGCUAGCGGCCACGGAUACGCAUCCGACAUCAACGCUCAAGCUGACGUUGGCGACAUCGACUACGCCGAGGGAUACUAUCGGGCAGCACGGCUAUACAACUCGGGCAUGAUUGAUCCGUCGGGAGAUCUUGGGAAAGGUACAGCUACGCAUUGCUAUGCCAGCGAUAUCGCCAACCGGCUGACGGGGUGGACGGAUGCCCCGUCGGCGUGUACUCUGGAUAACAGUGAUUAA